UGAAUAUGUUGAUAAUUGAGACGCUUGCACUUGAUGUGCAUAAGUGGACGUGACGUUCAUAGAAAGUUAAACAACAUUAAUUGAUGUUGAUUACAAUUGUAUACUCCGGUGCAGUCGGAUGAUUAAUGUAUAUUUACAACAGCCCUUUUAUUAUUUUGUUCUGUUAUUGGUGAAGUUUCAAUGAUUGUGUCUCUGUUACGAUGAGUGAAACAGAUAAAACCAUGUACGGCACAACGUUGUCGCUAGAAUCAAUAAAGGUAAUUGCAGAAAGCAUAGGCGUUGGUAGCCUUCCGGAUGAUGCAGCAAAGGAAUUGGCGGAUGAUGUUUCGCUUAAGCUGAAACAAAUUGUCCAAGAUGCUGCCAAGUUUAUGCACCAUUCAAAACGUAUGAAAAUGUCUAUUGCCGAUAUAGAUCAUUCGCUGAAGGUGCGUAACAUUGAACCACAAUACGGCUUUGUUUCACCGGAUUUUAUUCCGUUCCGUUUCGCAUCCGGUGGUGGUCGUGAAUUACAUUUCAUUGAGGAGAAAGAAAUCGAUUUGUCGGACGUUAUACAAACACCUCCACCGAAGAUCCCUCUGGAUAUAACGCUAAGAGCUCACUGGCUUUGCGUUGACGGAGUUCAACCGACGAUCCCGGAAAAUCCUCCUCCACUUUCGAAGGAUGUACAAGCAUUAGAUUCCGUGAACCCUGUUCACAAGCUCGAUAAAGCGCAUAUAAAAGAUACUACCGGGAAACCGGCUAUUUGGAAAGCACAGAAAUUAAAGAACGUUGAAACGGUACACGUGAAACAACUAGCGACCCACGAACUAUCGGUUGAACAGCAGUUGUACUACAAGGAAAUAACAGAAGCUUGCGUUGGUUCAGAUGAAGCCAGGAGGGCAGAAGCACUUACGUCACUGGCAUGUGAUCCAGGGUUGCAUGAAAUGUUACCGAGAAUGUGUACAUUUAUCGCCGAGGGCGUCAAAGUUAAUGUCGUGCAGAACAAUCUUGCCUUGCUCAUAUAUCUCAUGAGAAUGGUGCGAGCACUGCUAGACAAUCCAGCGUUGUAUUUAGAAAAAUAUCUUCAUGAAAUGAUUCCAUCUGUUUCGACGUGUAUUGUUUCUAGGCAGCUUUGCAUGCGUCCUGAGCUCGACAAUCACUGGGCCUUGCGGGAUUUCGCUGCUCGUUUGAUGGCCCAGAUUUGCAAGAAUUUCAAUACGUCCACAAACAAUCUGCAGACACGAGUCACUAGACUUUUUAGCUCUGCUCUGCAGAAUGAUAAAACUCCUCUCUCAUCGUUGUAUGGUGCGUUAGAGGGUUUAUCGGAACUCGGCACGGAAGUAAUAAAAGUUUUUAUAAUUCCGCGAUUGAAAUUUAUUUCCGAGCGAGUAGAAGUACAUCUUCAAGGAAGUAACAUCAGCGCUACCGAUAAAAUUGCGGCUGGUCAUAUCCGAGCUAUGCUACAGAAAGUCUGCUCGCCCGUUCUUAAAACAGUUCGCAAUCCUCCGGAUGUGGUGGAAGAAUUUAAAAAGGAUUAUGGGUUUCUUGGCCCCACACUGCAUCAAGGUGUGAUCAAAGCACGCACGGCUCCUCCCCCUACUCCUACCUGUUCAAGCGCCAGCAGCUCUGCUGCAAAUGUCACCAUAGUAACCACUACCUCAAGCACACCUGCUAGACCUCAAACCCCACUUAUCACCGGUACGGGAAGCAAACCGUCCACAAGUUCAAACAUCCAGAGGCAAUCCUCUACUAGUGGGCAGUCAUCCGGCGGACAGCAGCAGAAGUACGUCAUAGUUACUCAACGACAGCAAACUCCUUCGCCGUCGCAAGAUGAUUUUGUAGGUAUCAUACAGCAAAGUCAACGCCCUGCCGGAAGUUCUGUGCAGCCCGGAUUCAUCAAACUGGAACCGAAUACGCAGAAGGUAGUGCUGCAGCAGGGACCAGCGGCCAACGUGAUUACCAAGCCACUGUUUGUGAGUGCUAGUGCAUCGGCUAGUAGUAACUCACAACCUCCUCCCACGCUAGAACUAGACGAUCUGUCGCACUUGGCGUAGGUCCAAAGUGGUCAAAGUGAUGUUUGUGUUUCGUAUUUUUGUACGAUUAGCUCUAGAAAUUUUAUUCUUGUGGCAGAAUAUAACGAUGUAAUGAGACGAAA